UGAUCAUUGUCAAGAGGGCGCUGUUAUUCUUAUAUACAGGGUGAUAGUUCAGUUAAGUAUGAUAAAUUAAGUUCUAAUGAAAUUCCGCAAUAUGUGGCGUGAUCAUAUAUUACUGGCCAGGUUUUAUAUGUUUUUUGUUAUGAAAUAAACAGUUUUUUUUUAUGUAUUAAUUAUUUUAAUUAUUUAGUGGCAAAAGAAGCGAUACUGUCAUAUUCCUCUUAAAAUAUCCACGUUACCAAGUACAAUAAGUAGAUAUAACUAUGAGCAGUGUACUUAAGAUAAAAACCCGACCUUCGCACGAAUAAUCAUAAUAAGCAGGAGUAGAAGGCUAAUUCCAACUUACAUUCCGAUGUCAAAAUUGUGCAAUUUUGUUAUCAUUCGUCUGUGCAUUACGCUCACACCAGUUAAGUAAAUGUACAAACAAGUACGAGCGAAAUUCACGCGCGAAUUAUAACAAAAUGAAAUCAUUUUUAUAUCAAAAUGUAACUUCGAAUUGACCUCCUGUAUUUAGAUUUUAAAGCUACGAUAAUAAUUUGAUUGCAUUUUCAGUCUCUCGUCUCGAUAUAUGAAAGCGGUACCUAUGCGCUUUCCUAAGAUUGAAAUAAAAUUUGUGGCAUAUAUAUAAUCGAAAGGAACUUUUGUUAUUUUAUUAUGCGAGCUUGCAUGCUUACGCUCACUUUCUUUAGCGCGUAGCCCCAGACGUGGGACUUCCAAGCAUACGUUUUCACAAUUAAUGGAUGUUAUAUUGAUAUUGAAGUGUCGUUUCAGAAUACAUCGCAAGUGUAAAUUGUAUGCUUAUCAAUUAUAUGCUAAAUAAUCAUAACGCACGUAAUUACAUUUUUGUUCUUCUAGUUCCAGAAGGUAUCCAGCCCACGGACGCGGCUAAGGGUAAAUAUAACGGUCCGGUAAAUCGCAGUGAAAUCAAUAACAUGCAGUACAACAUGGCAGUAGUUCUUAAAAUAUUAGUUUUUGCUGCAAUUGUUGCUGCUGCCAACUGCGAGAUCACCGAAAACUGGCCACCAAACGCAAUUGUGCAUGAUUUCGAGCAAUUUGACUUCAUUAUAAUCGGCGCAGGAUCAGCCGGCAGUGUGGUCGCAAACAGACUCAGCGAGGUAGAGCAAUGGAAAAUAUUGCUCAUCGAGGCUGGAGGUGAUCCACCGGUGGAGAGCAUUAUCCCCGCAUUAUAUACCCAGUUACAAAAUACGGAAUACGAUUGGAAUUAUACUACAGUUAAUACUGGAAAAACGAAUCAAGCCAAUGUAAAUGAAACAGUGCAUUGGCCGCGAGCAAAAAUGUUAGGGGGAUGUAGCAGUAUGAACGUCAUGAUCUAUGUCAAAGGCAACGACGCUGAUUUCCAAAGAUGGUAUGAUCAAGGAAAUAAGGAAUGGCACCCAAAAAUUGUUCGUGAAUAUUACAAGAAAGCUGAAUCUUUCCAGGACAUAAAUGGAUUGAAGAAUCCUGCCGUUAAAAGGUCUUAUGGACAAAAUGGGCCUUUAGGCAUUAAUUAUUUUAACAGUACAUCUGAAGAGCUCACGCAGUCAAUAUUAGGUGCAUGGGAUGAAAUUGGAUUUAAGGCAGUCGCCGAUAUCAAUGAACGAAACGUUUUAGGAGCCGGCCCUUAUGGAGGAACAGCAGUUAACGGGCGAAGAGAGAGUACAGCGAAGGCCUAUUUGAAUCCAAUACAGAACCGAGAAAAUUUCAAAUUAUUAAAAAAUACCUUAGUUACAAAAAUAAUAAUAGACGACAUAAGUUUAACAGCCAAAGGAGUAAAGGUGGAAAUUAAUAAAAAAGAAAUGAUUUUUUAUGCAAAACGUGAAGUUAUAUUGAGCGCUGGGGCAAUUAAUACCCCCCAAUUAUUGAUGUUGUCUGGUAUUGGUCCUAGAAGCCACUUAAAAUCCAAGGGAAUUACCAGUCUAAUAAAUUCACCGGCUGUAGGUCAAAAUCUCCAGGACCAUAUUUACGUACCAGUUAUAAUCUUCGGAAACCAUCCUGGAGAAGAAGACUCGACAUAUAACGAGCUUCAGUAUCAGAUCUAUCUUAAAAAUAGUACUGGUUACUUCGCAUCAAAUACUAUACAAAAUGUACUUUCGCUUUAUGGCCGUUCGAUAGAUUCAAAAUUUCCACAAUUUCAAAAUCUUGUAGGCGUAUUUCCGAAAAACUCCAAAAAGGUAAAACUUUAUUUUAAAAGUCUAUACAAAUCUGUGGUAGUUGACUCCAUAGUCAAAAAUAGUAAAGAUAACGCUCUUUAUUUGUAUCUUUUUCAUAAUUUGCAUCCGUAUUCGAAAGGAAAUAUUUCUCUAAGUACAAGUGAUCCAAAAGAUGCCCCUCUUAUAUACGCUAAUUAUUUUGACGAUCCGAGAGAUUUGCAGGCUACAUCUGAUGGGAUUCGAAUGUUGACGAAAAUAGUUAGGACUUCAUAUUUUACAUCCAUCAACGGAUUUUUGGGCAGACUAAAAUGGCCAGCUUGUGAUAGUUUCGAUCUUGACAGUGAAGAGUAUUGGAAGUGCAUAGCUAUUAAUAUGGUGUUGACUAUAUAUCAUCCUGUAGGCACUGCCCGAAUGGGUACUUCUCAUAAAACUUCAGUAGUUGAUAGUCGUCUUAAAGUAUACGGUGUUGGUAAACUUCGAGUAAUAGAUGCUAGUAUAAUGCCAACGUUAACAAGUGGUAACACAAAUGGACCAACAAUAAUGAUAGCAGAACGCGCAAGUGAUUUAAUAAAAGAGGACCAUUUACCUAAUAUCAACCAAUAGUAAAUAAAACAAAAUUUAAAAACUUAUUUUCUUCAUCAAAAUUAUUAAAAAUUCACACAUUCAUAUUAUUAUAGUUAUAAGGACAACAUAAAGGGACUCUUAUAAACCAAAAGUAUGUUUGUUUAAAAAUAAGCUAAUGCAUUCAAUAAAGUAUUUUGUU